UUUAUAAUAGGAAGGAUUUCCACUCAAGAAAUGCUAUGAUUAUUUGUGAUGCUGACAUGAAUAUUUUAAAUGUAGAUGCUUCAUGUGGGGGUGCCACACAUGACAGCUUCAUUUUCAAUCAGCACCCUCUCAAAGCUCAUUUAAUGAACUUAAUAAGUGUAGGGGAACUAAUUUACUUACUAGGUGACUCAGGCUAUCCACAAAGAGAAUAUUUGAUGACACCUAUAAUUGAUGCUCCUGCCAACAUGCCAGAAGGAUAUUACACCCAAGUUCAUACUGUGGCACGGAAUACUGUGGAGCGCACUAUAGGUGUCUUAAAGAAUAGGUGGCGUUGUCUUUUGGGCCACAGGGUCCUGCACUAUCAUCCUGACAUGGCUGCCAAAAUUAUAAAUGCAUGUUGUGUCCUGCACAACAUUUGUAAUCAGACGCGUCUGAGUGAUAAUCAAGAUACCAGACUACCUAGUGUAGUUGAGCCAGACCAUGACCAAGAAGGUAAUUCAGAAGAGCUGCCAGCAUCAACUGCAGAAUUGACUAGGGGAAUACAAGCUCGGUCACGUUUGGUUAAUGAACUGUGGACUGCACGUCGUAUCUUUUAAUAUAAAAAUAUAAUUUA